AUAAUUACAUGAACACCGUUUAGAGUUGUACUAUAUCGUACUUACUUGGCGUGUGUAACUUGUAAGGUCGAAGUAUUUGCAGUGUUUUUCAUAGCAAUUUAAAGGCCUGGGUUCCAGAUAUGUCAGUCCUACCAUUGCAGUUUCAGCUUAUUAAUGUAGUGAGACAGCUGAGAAGUGAGUCCCUCACAUCUAAUAAACUUAGGGCAUGUUGUCAUAUGACAACAUCGACCAAUCGGGUCAGGAAUAUGCAUUCUAUGACCAGACAAACGGACAGAACUUCCCUAACAACAACACCUACACUGCAGCAUCUCACGUUUGUUCCAAAGCGAUUUAAAAAGGGCCAAGAUAAGGUGGAAAAACAGAAAGGAGCAAAAGCUGCUGCUCAGACAGACCACAUAGAGCUUAGUGUGGACUUUGAUGUGAGUGGCUACCAGCAGGAGUUGGACAAGGCACUGGAGGAGAUGAAACAGGAGUAUGUGCAGAACCUGUCCCUGAGGACCAACAUAGGUAUGUACGGCAAGCUGCAGGUGAAGACCCCUGAUGGCUCGUUUCCACUGAACCAGAUUGCCUCCAUCAUACAGAAGACCCCGUCCCUGGUCGUUGUCAACCUGGCCAAGAACUCACAUUAUAUUGCUGAAGUUCUUUCCACAUUGAGAAACUCUGGGAUGAAUUUGAACCCUCAGCAAGAAGGCCAGUCUCUUGUCUACCUCACUAUUCCUAAGGUGUCCAGAGAGCACAGGGAGCAGCUAGCCAAGAAUGCCAAGGCCAUCUUCAACAAGACCAAGGACUCACUCAACAAAGUCUACUCAAAGUUCUCCAAGAAAACAUCCAGCAUAAACAGGGAGGAUGAGAAACAACUCGCUGACAAAAAGCUGUUGGCCAUGAAGAAUGCGGCCCAGGUGGCAGCUGAGAAGCAACUAAAAGCCAAGACAGAAGAACUCUUGAAGACCCUAGACUGACCUGAUCUCACUGUUUAAUAGACCCCAGGGGCUGGGCAGUUUUCCCCGCAUAUCUAGACAUGUGUGCAUUGUAUAUAUAAUAUUAUAUAAUAUAUAUGAGUCUAUAUCUGGGAAAAUGGGGCUUAAUGAAUGUGCAUAAAGUGUAGUCCCAGAUUAGCCUGUGCAGUCCACACCGCUUAAUCAGGGAUAACACUUUCCACUUUUUAUCUUCGCAAGAAUUCAGUUCUACUCUAUGCACAUGCAUAAGGCCCAGCUUUUGCAGAAUGAGGAUACAUUAAUAUACUAUAACAACUUCUAAGUUUUGAACAAUUUGCCUGAUAUAAAAUGAGUUGGUAUUACAUGUAUAGGGUCAGAC